CAUAGCCCAUUAGGGUUUCGAGCCCCAACAUAUAAAUACUCCUCCGCCAACGCCUCCGCCCUCGGUCAGCCGCCAUCUCCCUUCUUAGGUUUAGGUUUCCUCUGCGACGCCUCCGGCCCCGCGAGGUAGCCGAAAUGGUCGCCCACAGGUUCCAUCAGUACCAGGUGGUGGGUCGCGCGCUGCCGACCCCCGGCGAUGAGCACCCCAAGAUCUACCGCAUGAAGCUCUGGGCUACUAACGAGGUCCGCGCCAAGUCCAAGUUCUGGUACUUCCUGAGGAAGCUGAAGAAGGUGAAGAAGAGCAAUGGCCAAGUGCUCGCCUUCAACGAGAUCUUUGAGCGCAACCCUACCACAAUCAAGAACUAUGGCAUCUGGCUGCGCUAUCAGAGCAGGACAGGUUACCACAACAUGUACAAGGAAUACCGUGACACCACUCUGAACGGUGCUGUGGAGCAGAUGUACACUGAGAUGGCUUCCCGUCACCGUGUGAGGUCCCCCUGCAUCCAGAUCAUCAAGACCGCGACAGUCCACUUCAAGCUCUGCAAGAGGGACAACACCAAGCAGUUCCACAACUCGAAGAUCAAGUUCCCACUCGUGUACCGCAAGGUGAGGCCACCAACCAGGAAGCUCAAGACCACCUUCAAGGCGUCCAGGCCGAACUUGUUCAUGUGAUAGGUCAGCGGCAGGAUGCUACCCAUGUUGUGUCUUAGCGCGCAAGAGUUGAAAGAUUGUGUCUGUGGAAGUUUUGAUGCCCUGCGGAUCGAGCACUUCGAUGUUUCCAGUUACCAUUUCAAAUGAUGCUAUGCAAACUCUCGACUUUCCUCGAAUUAGUUACAAGCAGACUCCUCAUUACAUCA